CUUGCCACAUGGCCAAUGUACUCACGGAAAUAAUGCUGAAGAGGAGCAAUCGUGUGUUGGUGGAAGCUGUUUAAGAUAAUAAUAUAGCAGUAAAACACUUCAGUCAAUGUCAUAGUUUCAGACACAACAAGCAAUGAAUCACACAGAUGAGAAAACUGUUGCAACUCUGUGUUCAGACCCCAAGCUUGCUUCUGACCACACCCCUAACAGCAGGUGAUUUCCAUCCACUGUUAAAGGCAAAACCCCUGCUAUGACAUCUCACACAGGGAUGUGGCCAAAAGAGAAGAGAUGAUGGAAAACUUUAAUCCAUAGAAAAAAGCCUAGCUGCAAGUGAUGUACAUAUACACUCAACAUAAGGAUUUAUCCAUUUACCAUUUAUGUAUUUCAUCUGUCCCUCGUUUCUUCAAAUAGUUAAAGUCAUCUGCAGUGGACUGUGAGAGAUGCUCAAGAUGUCUCUGCUUCGCCUCAAGGGGGGGUCAGUUUCUGACGGUUUCAAGACUAAAAUCUAUCAGAUAUGUUUAGAUGCUGUGAUCUCUGUUAUCACCUUUCUUACUGCUGUCUCAAAGUUCAUUAAUCAGUCGUGGUUUGGAUAAAUACUCAUGGUACUCAUGAUCUUUGAUAUACUAGUACUAACAGUCCCUCACCUCUGCGUAGUUCUUCGCUUCCACGCCAUGAUUCAUUUUCGGUUCAACCGGUUGGUCUGGGACCCUGCCACUGCCUGAAGACGAGCAUUAAUCGCUCAUAAGUUAUUUGACCGAAAACAAUUAGGAUUUUGCAUCACAUCAUCUCUGAGUUGGAAUAUUUCCUUCAUCAAUUCAUUAGGGGAAAAAAAAAAAUCAUAUUAUUUUAUGUUGUUUUCUCAACCCACUCACCCAUAGGAGUUCUGCUGUAGACGCAAAUGUCAAACUGAUCCUGAUUUUCUGAGGGAAAAUGAAAAAAAAUGUCCCUGCGUGGCACUCUUUACUGUACAACAUGUAUCAAAAUAAUCACUGAUUUAAAGGAAAGAGUUAACACAGGGGAAGAUGAACCAAUAUUAUGUUCAUAUCUUGAUAUAAGACUAGACAAGAACUGAUCUUUAAGGCAAAACCAGUCAAAUCAUACAAUGUACUUAACAUAUGGUAUCAGACUGUUUUCAAAAGAGAAACACUUACUUCCUCUAUAAAGUGCCCUUUAAAAAAAUAAAAUUUAGAUUUUUACCUUUUCCCUCCAUUUUAUUUAUAGUAAACACAACGGGAGAGUUUACAGGAAUGUGUGUUUUAUUGGAGGAUGUAGUGAUCCAGUGUCUUAUUUUUUAAUAUUGAACUUUUGAACUCUUUGUUCUGCUAAGACUGUCUGUAGUAAGUCUGCCAUUAUGUCACGGGUGCUCACGCUCUCGUACCUUUUAAAUUAGUUGUAGCUUUCUGUCGUUGGCUGACUUCAUACUCGCCUGAGACCAGCACAUUUUCUAGAGCUGACCGCAAGGUAGAAUUGAAAAGCAAACACCAGGUCCGAAAAGACCGGUUACCAGUCCCUUGUUGUGAUGGGAGUGAAAGAUGAUGCUGCUCCUGUCAAAUGCAGCCAAUCACCCCCCAUCAUCAUCAUCAUCAUCAUCAUCAUCAUCAUCUCAUUAUUAUUCUCCUCCCUCCAGUUCCGGGUCGUGUCACGUGACUUCUCCGCCCCCACAUGUUCAACCUCUCCUCUUCAUCUCCUCCUCCCCAAGUAAACAAUUCAGCAUCAUUUCAUUACGUCUGCUAACAGCCCUCGAUUGUUAUCUUUGGGAAAGGCAGUCCCAAAGUGCUGAGCUCACCGAGAGGUCCGUCAGACGGUCAAGUUUAAAAAAGAUGGAGGAUGUUUUUCAUAUGAAUUAAAUGGGGUUGGCGAAAUUAAUUAAUUUUGGAGUUCAUCUGUAAACGGAGUAAAUAUGUAAGAUAUGUCCUAGGUGACAUAGGCCUACUAUAUUUGUGAAAUGCUCAUUAAAAUGGCUUGCAUCGACCUUGCAAUAAAUUAGCUUUUGCACAUGAAACAAAACAAAAAACAGUGGAUAUAUUGUUCGGAUAUUUGUGCACUCUUAAUCUCUUAAGUGAGCUUCAGCCCUGAUUAAAUGAACGCACCAGAGCCUUUCCAUCGCACAUGGAAUGGUUACAUAUGUGUAUUUAUAAAUAGGCUCACGUUUCUCACCUCACAUUGCAUUCACAUGAAGCCGAUAUUUUAUGAAUGGGAGUGAAAACUGCUGUUUGACUCCAGUGCGAUGAUGUGGUUGUGAAUAAAUCUAACAGAAAUGGUUACUAUAUUAUUCAUUUGGGAAUAUAUACAAAAGGAUGAAUUCAAAUAAUGUUCUUUUUACCCCGAAAUGUAGGCCUGCGUGGCUGUCAGUCUGCCCCCCCUCCUCCCCCUCCGCGGAUGGUACAGUCUUGGUUCAUUCAUAAAAUUCUAGCAGAGCAUAAAAGGAGGGGCUUGCAUUCUAGUCGUCCAGUUACCAGGUAUAUACCUGGAGAAAAGACCCGAGCCGCUCUGCUCAGCGGAAGGCCACAGUCAUAUUUGUCAUUGACCAGGACUCGUGUGUGUGUGUUUUUUUUUUCUCUCCCCCUCAACCUGACGCCCGACAUGGAUUCAGUCUCUCCCACCUGCCGGACAGAGUCUCCUGUCGGGACGCUCUGCCAGAAGACGCCAGAAGAGGCGAGCUCUCCAGCUUCCUCCUCAGAGAGCAAUGCAAAGGAGCUCUGCCAAGACAUGAGCGCUGAAGACACUCCAUUUGUUCCAACAGUCACUGCAAUUUCCUCUACCCCAGAUUUCCAGUGGAUGGUCCAGCCUACGAUUAUUACAUCUGUCUCCCCGUCUCUGGGUAGCAAGCAAGCCAAUGAACCACAAAGCUCUCACCAGGCGACACCCAAAGAGGGCGGGAAUAAGGGAAAAAAUGCUGUCAGAAAGGGGAAAACAGAGCAGCUGUCUCCAGAGGAGGAAGAGAAGAAGAGGAUAAGGAGGGAGAGGAAUAAAAUGGCCGCAGCAAAGUGCCGCAACAGACGGAGGGAACUCACCGACACGCUGCAAGGUGAGACAGACAAGCUGGAGGAGGAAAAGGCAGCCCUGGAGACGGAAAUAGCCAACCUCCUCAAAGAGAAAGAGCGGCUUGAAUUUAUCCUUGCCACACAUAAACCAGUGUGCCAGAUGUCAGAAGAGAUGGAGUCUAUUUUCCAAGAGCCCACAGGCUCCCCAGAGCUACCACCCAGUUCAGACGAGGACAGACUUCCAGAGGAUGGCACCCAGGAAGCUCCUUCGCUCCAGGACAUGGACAUCCCCAGUGAUCCGUCCACAGCCAUCUCUGGGAACUCCAAUAUCUUGCUGUGUGCCAGUGCUGAAAUCAACAUCUGCGAUCUCGAGCCCUCUCUGGACAUUAAGGAGGGGCUACUGGAAAAUAUGUUGCCCAGUUUGGAGGAGAAAACCCCCAUGGAGACGGCUCGAUCCGUGCCAGACAUAGAUCUGAGCAGCUCUCUCGGGGUCUCGGACUGGGAGACCCUGUACAAGUCGGUUUCCAGCGACCUGGAGCCUCUCAGCACUCCUGUGGUGACCUCCACGCCAACCUGCAGCAGCUACCUGUCUGUGUUCACAUUUGCAUGCCCUGAGCUGGACUCUCUCACAGAGGGACUAGACAGCCAUAAAGGCGGAGGAGGCAAAGCUGAAUCUGUUGAUAUUCUCAACUCUCCAACUCUCCUAGCCUUAUAAUGUACAGAGGGAAGUGAUCUGUGUGAUCUCUCUGGGUUUUUUUUCUGUUCUGCAGGUUCCUGACUUUGAAAUAAUACCAACAAACAUAUGCCACAGUAUGCUGUAACACUUCAAGGAAUACAUUCAUGAAAUGUCUUGUGUGUGACUAAGCAAACAUAUAAACUUUCUCCAGAUACAUAGCCAACUGAGUGAUGUAGCUAAAAGCAUGGAUUUUACUUUUACAGGAGGGACUGAAGUAAAGUUUUCAUUUUAAAAAAACGCAUGCUGAGAAAUUCCAAAUAAUUUUCAACGCUUAUAUAUAUCGGAUCUGUUACUAGAUCUAAGAUGUAAUGUGGAAUUUUAAUGUUACAGUAUGGUUUUGUGUUUUGGUGUCAACAGUGUUAUUGAUUGCUGUAAAUGUUGUAUUUACAUAUUGAUCCAUGUUAAGUAACUGCAUACCUCAAUGUCAUCAACUGUGGUUUAACCUCAUUGAAAGUUUUCCAUGAAAACAUCCAGUGCUAUAUACUAUAUAUCUUAUCAAGAUGUAACUUAUGAUUUAUUUUUUUACCUUUGAGAUUUUGACUUAUUUGUUAAAUUUAAAAAUAAGUAAAAAUGAGCAUUGAUUGCUUAUCUAUGCUGCUGAAUAAUUAUAAUAAAUCUACAUUCAGAGUGG